UGUUUUUAUACUAAAAGAAAGUUUAUUAAAAAAAAAAACCUCAGAAUCAAAGCUCUCUCAUUAGCACUUUAGCAGUCAGUCUAUAAAUACAUGUCUCACAUCCACACAAAAAGAAGAAGUAAGUAUCAAACGAGAGUACAAAAGAUGACGUCACUCAACAGCUCUGCAUCACCAACAUCAUCGUCAUCAGACCAAUCUGAUGCAACUACUACAACAAGCACCCACUUGUCUGAAGAAGAAGCUCCACCCAGAAACAACAACACAAGAAAGAGAAGGAGAGAUUCUUCUUCUGCUUCUUCAUCUUCUUCAAUGCAACAUCCUGUUUACAGAGGUGUGCGGAUGAGAAGUUGGGGCAAAUGGGUCUCCGAGAUCCGACAACCUCGUAAGAAAACUCGUAUUUGGCUCGGCACUUUUGUCACCGCUGAUAUGGCUGCUCGUGCUCACGACGUCGCUGCUCUCACCAUCAAAGGCUCCUCCGCCGUCUUAAAUUUCCCUGAGCUUGCUUCUCUCUUCCCUCGUCCGGCGUCAUCAUCGCCGCAUGAUAUCCAGACAGCCGCCGCAGAAGCCGCCGCCAUGGUGGUCGAAGAAAAACUGUUAGAGAAGGAUGAGGCUCCGGAGGCCCCACCUUCGUCGGAAUCUUCUUACGUGGCGGCGGAGUCAGAGGAUGAGGAGAGGUUGGAGAAAAUUGUGGAGCUGCCUAACAUUGAAGAAGGAAGUUAUGACGAGAGUGUGACAUCACGUGCUGAUCUGGCUUAUUCUGAGCCGUUCGAUUGUUGGGUGUAUCCUCCGGUUAUGGAUUUUUAUGAAGAAAUAUCGGAGUUUAAUUUCGUGGAAUUGUGGAGCUUUAAUCACUAAUUAAGUUAGGAAAGUGCAUUAUAUUGCAAUAUUGCAUCAUAGAUAACAUUUGUAUUUCUUUUCUUUUUGUACGGAUACGUAGCAUAUGCUACUAUACUAGGGCUAGUGUACCAAAUAUUGUAAAAUAUACUUAUUAAUAUUUAUGUAAAUGUGUAAUAUAUAUAACAUACAAUUAUUGUAAGUUUGGAAAUUGGAAACUAUCGUUA